CUUUGUUCAUUGUUCAAUUUUAUUAUCUUGUUGAAACAUUCAAUGCAAACAUUGACUCUUUCUUAUUUGACAACAAUACGAACCAGUUUAUAAAAAAUUGAUUAAAAAAAGAAAAGCCCACAAAAAAAGGAAAACGACCUCUCUCUCUCUCUCUAUUCUUACAUUUGAUACCCACCCUCAUCAUUAGACAACGCUAUAGAUAAAAUGAAUACUACCACUACUACAAAUAAUAAUAACUUCAUCUGUGGACUACAGCUCAUGUGUCUAACACCAGAAGAAGAAGAAUAUCCUUAUUCUUUCGAAGCGUCCGACAACAACUACGACAACGACGACGACGCCGACGACGUGAUGAAUCAUGUCUACAAUGACAAUGCUCAUAUCCAAUGGCUCGAUGACUCUGAAUGUCAAGAAAACUUAGCCACUAUUUUACCGCUGAAUCCUGAAGUUUGUAUGAUUGACAGCGACAAUCACAUUCAACCCAUGGAUGGUGUGCAUCUCUUUUUUGAAGAAUUGGGUUAUUUUUGUCAAGAACCAGAACCUAUUGAUCCAACGCGUGAUUAUGAUGCAGAAUUUAUCCAGGAAAGAGAUGACAAGAAAAAGGCCACGUUCGCGAAUGAACGACAAAGAAGACAUCAUAUUGAUUUAGAUGAAUACCAUCCUUUGGAUGUCAAGGAGAAUAAGAAGGGCCAGAGUAUGCCUUCUCUGGAUGAUACCAAUUCUGGCUUGUCAAGUACGUCUUCUUCCAUCUAUCAUGAAGAAACAUGCCCGCAUCUACAACAACAACAACAACACAAUCAAACAACUGCCUUUAUUCAUGACCUGCGUAGUCCUUUAAACCAUCAUGGUCUUUACGCCAAUACCAAAAUGACAGCUUAUGCUUAUGCUCCUCAUGUCGUUCGAACCCUCUUGUAAAUAGUUUAUAUUUUUAUUCUUUAUUUUUAUCAUGUUGCAUCCUUUUUUUUUUUCUUUACCCGGUU